AUAGCUAUUUCACGAAGUUUAUUUAGUAUGGACCAGAGAGAGAGCCAGAGAUAGAGCAGAAGAGUAGAGAGUUAGUGGUAGCAAGAGGGAUCAAAAGAGAGCAAGAGCAAGAGCAAGCUAAGCUGGUUGUCAGUUGUCAGUGUUGGUGAGUUAGGUGAGGGUGUAGAGAUCGUUUCCAUACGUAGUGUAGUGUGUAUAGACGUUGAGGAUGAUACUGCGAUCCCAGUGUUGGAAGUAAACCCAUACCCGCACAAGCAAAGCCAGCUGCCAGUGACGGAUCACUUUGAACUCUGAAGAAGCUCCGUUAGCUCGAGCAUCGUGAUCCUUCAACAUACACACUACACUACACCAUCAAAUAUUUCAUUACACUAGUUAUUAUAUCAGCUUCAGUGGUUCUCUGAUCCCAUCCAUUUUAAAAUAAUAACCGUAGGCGAUUGUUUUAAAAUUCCCUAUCGAUCAUCCCCGUGGUCGCGGCACAAUGGACUCUGGAAAACCGUGAGGAUGACGCUGACAAGUUCACCUGGUCGUGGUUUCUGAUCGUAAAUUGUUAAUUGUGAGCUGAUAUUUAUCUGCUGGUUGUUAUUAAGUGCUGGGUUUUUAAUUAAAUCGUGAUCAUACGGCCGACUGAACACAACUUGGGGUCAUUGAUUAAUUGGAUUUACGACAACGACCACCAAGACGAAGAGGAUGAUGUGCCUGAGACCCAACCGAAGAAAAUCAAAUUAUAUGUCUGUUAUUUUAUCUAAUAAUCGUGUGUGAUUUUUUUCUGCUUGACGUUUUAAAAAAAUUUCACAUGCUGUUCGUCGGUUCCUGACGAUUGAAGGACGUAUGUGAAAUGGGUAGCUCUUGGUGGCAGUGCACUGCAUGUUUGAGAGCACAGGAAGAAGACAUUUGUGAAUUACAACUAAAUCAUUGCAAUCUUUAUGAUGUACCACCAGAUGUGUUCAUUUAUGAGAGGACACUGGAGAUGCUUUAUCUUGAUGCCAAUAGGAUAAAGGAUUUACCGAGGCCAUUAUUUCAGUGUCAUGAAUUACGCGUAUUGUCGUUAAGCGACAAUGAAAUUACGACAUUACCACCCGCCAUAGCAUCACUCAUUAAUCUUGAGAGUUUAGAUCUCAGUAAAAAUAGCAUAAAAGAGCUACCGGACAAUAUAAAAGAAUGCAAAAAUUUACGGUCAAUAGACCUGAGCGUAAAUCCAUUCGAGCGUUUUCCCGAGGCAAUAACCCAUAUAACAGGACUACGUGAGUUAUAUAUAAAUGACGCAUACAUAGAGUACUUACCAGCGAAUUUCGGAAGACUAUCAGCAUUAAAAACACUUGAGUUACGUGAAAACAAUAUGAUGACCCUGCCAAAAUCAAUGAGUCGUCUCGUAAAUCUCCAGCGUCUCGAUAUCGGGAAUAACGACUUCACAGAGUUGCCAGAAGUCGUCGGUGAUUUAACAAAUUUAACAGAACUGUGGAUUGACGGUAAUGACAUACGACGUAUUCCUCCGAACAUCGAGCAGCUGUACCGUCUAAAUCACUUUGACUGCACGAUGAACUCUGUUGACAGCGUACCAGCUGAAAUUCAAGGCUGGCGCGACAUAUCAAUUAUUAAUUUUUCCUCAAAUGAAAUUCUUCAAUUACCCGACUCGCUGUGUUAUUUACGUACAAUAGUAACAUUAAAAAUAGACGAUAAUCAAUUAAAUUCACUGCCAGAUGAUAUUGGACAGAUGUCGAGUUUAGAAGAAUUGAUAGUGACUAAAAAUUUCCUUGAAUAUUUGCCGUCUUCGAUAGGUUUACUCCGUAAGUUGCAUUGUUUGAAUGCGGAUAAUAAUUAUUUGCGUUCGAUACCACCGGAGUUAGGGAGCUGCAGUGCGCUGUCAUUAUUGUCACUGCGGUCAAAUAAUAUAACGAGUGUGCCACCGGAAAUAGGACACUUGUCAUCGCUCUGUGUUUUAAAUCUCGUAAAUAAUUGCAUACAAUUUUUGCCGGUGUCGAUGCUUAACUUGAAUAAUUUAAAAGCUCUUUGGCUGAGCGACAACCAGAGCCAGCCGCUGGUGCCUCUGCAGCAGGAGUUCAAUCACGAGGAAGACAUGAUGGUGCUGAGUUGCUUUAUGUUACCUCAGAAACAGCGCAAGGAACUUGAACAAAUGGAGCAAGCAGUGGGACCAAUUUCCGGUUCAAUUGUUGGGACUGGAAGGAGAAUUUGUUUUGCCACAGAAUUAGAAACAGAGGUCCCGAGACAACUACAUCGUGCACCUACCCCAUAUCCUAAAGAGCUUCGUAAUUUGGCUCGACAUGCGCGUAAUCUUCAUCAUCAAUCUAUACACGAUCAAAGAAUUCAUAUGGAACGAGAAGGAAUGAUCAAAGAAGCUGUUGUAGCUAAAGCAGUGCCGAUGAUCAACAGCAGCAUAAAUCACAACUCAUACCACGAAAAUUCUUAUCUAGUAUCAAGAGAUCAAAGUAACAUUCAGCCGAACCAAAUCGACGGCCCGAGUCCAGAUUACUCUGAAGAAAGUCGUCCAGUGCUGGCACUGGAAAAGUCACCGGAAAUCCGCGAAGCCAAGUGCAUCCGUAACCCGCAAACUAACGAAAGUCUCUCACGACCGCCGACAAUUGCGGACUACGUGAGCUCUACUUGGAAACCCGAGGAGUACUCGCGAACAAACACCGCCAAGAUCGUAGAGUCCGAGAAGCUCGCAGAGGCUUACAAAAGUCCCACUGAUUCUAACGGGAUUGAGUCUUUGGGUAAAACGGGCAAUGAAAUCCCAUUAGCGCCACCGCCUUAUCACAUUGCCGCGGCUUUUUCAAAGCAGGCCGCGUUUUUCCAACAACUGAAUCGUCUUAACGCUGAUGCUGAUGGCAGAGGAAUUGGAGGAGGCGGAAUUGGAGAUUGUGGUAGAGGAGGAUUAAUUCCGUACCAUAAUGACAAUCAUUUAUCGAAUUCAUUUAGGAGUAAAGACAAACGCUUGAUGAACAUGAGCAGCAAUAGCAAUAACAAUGAUGAUGUUGUUGAUGGUAGCAGUAGUAUCAUCGACACGUCAUCAAUUAUUAAUGUUAAUGAUCAAGACAACCGUAAUUUUAUAUUCCGUGAAGACAAACCCAGUAGGAUACCGAUAAUGCGUAGUAUUAAAAAUCCCGAUUGUUCUAUUUCCCUGUCGGACAAUGAUUCGGUAUCGAUUAAUGAAAGAAAUGUUUAUUCAAGUCAAGAUGACUAUGAUAGAUAUCGAGAUAAAAUUCAAAGCGACAUCAACACGCCGACCUCGCCAAUCACUGGCAGAAAAUAUCGCAGUCCGUUAUCGUCAGGUCACAAUCAGCUCCGACAUUCAGAUCGCUCGUGGAGAUUCAAUGGCAAUAAAGAUGAAAUGUCACCUUCACCAGUCACUCAGCAGCCUCCGUCGCAACAAACUGACAUGCAUGUUUACACCCCCUCACUUGAUAAUUCAAUUGAAUUACACAGUGAUAAAAAUAACUCAGGUCGUAGCACUCCUGUAUCUGUCUCUAUGUCUAUGUCUAACAAUAUUAAUUAUUCAUUAAAUAAUAGUGGCUCUGAUAUUUAUAAAUCUAAAUCGAAAACAAAGUGGAUGUUUGGUCAGCAUAAAAAUGUUAAUGUGAUACCAGUUAAAGUUAAAAAAAAUCCUGGGCUUGGCUUUAGUAUUGCCGGGGGCUUAGCAGGAAAUCAAACUGGAAUAAUAGUAACAAAAGUAAAUCCAGAUGGACCAGCACAAGGAACAUUACGUCCCGGUGAUAAAAUCCUCGAAGUUGAUGGAAUUGAUUUUUCGAAUUCUGAUCAUGAUCGUGCAGUUGCUAUUUUAAGAUCAACUGGCGACGUUGUUACGAUGCUGAUUAGCAGGCAUCAGUAAGAAAAAAAAAUAAGCGGGAUAUAAUAAUAUUUAAAACAAGAAAAAAAUUAAUGGUGAGUUUGUCAUGACAGUUCUUUAGAUUAAUUUUUGUUUUUAAUUAAUUGUUUUCCAAUCUCAACAUUAGACUGAAAAAGUAUUUUCCGUACUCCGCAUAAAAUUAUCGCAACAAUUUAAAAUAAAAUUGUGAUAACUUUACUUAAAAAAGUAAAAAACAAAAAAAAAAAAUUUUAAAUAAUAUCUGAGUAUUUAAUCAAUUGUGUUUUCCAUAAAGUGCACAAAA